AUGGAAUACCCAACCCCUGCACGACACUCCGUUAGUAGAUGGGAUAUGCACCUCAGUGGGUCGAUAUUUGAUGCUAGAAAUACGUACUGGGGAAUGACAUCAACUUCUAGUGGUUGGCAAUCCACAUCUGAUCGGAGAUGUUGUAAAAUGUCCAUAAGGAGGGAUGAUGUACUCCCUACGAUGUCUACCAGCGAGGGGACCUUCUACGUUGCACAUGGUGAUGGGUCAGGUAAUGAGUGCGAUGCGGAUCCACCUCGAGAGGCUAGCUCCGAUGGUGCAGAAGUUGCAUUAUUUUCUAAACUAGAGCUUGUUCCAACCAUACCUGAAGAUGUUGAAGGGGGUACAGAUGAUGAAGAAGAAGAUCCGCGAUUCAGGGCGUACACGCCUCUAGCCCACAUGCAUAAUGUCGAUAUAUCUCAAGAUGAUGCGUUGGAGUUUCCAGAUCUACCACACAGAAGGCGUGACUGUACAAGUUCCUCAUUGAAUUCAGGUGAAUUAGAAGUUGGUAAGGAGUUUUCCAAUAAAGAUAGUUUUCUUGGUACAUUAAAACAACAUAGCAUCAUUAAUGGGGUUAACUACAACGUAGUUAAAUCCAAAUCCAAUAAGUUUGAGGCCAAGUGUGCAGUGCAAGACGGUACAUGUUCAUGGAAAAUCAUGGCCUCGUUGAGGAAAAAGAUAGGCUUAAAAAAGUACAAAGGUCCACAUACAUGUGCUGCCGGUGUUUCAGAAGAUCAUCCCAAGAUGAAUUCAGAUAUGCUAGCUACCUUAAUACUACCGAUGGUAAAGGCCGAUCCUAGAACUUUAGUGCCGGUCUUAAUUGCCAAUAUUUGUAGCCAGUUAAGGUACACGUCCUCUUAUCGCAAGGCUUGGAUAACUAAGCAGAAGGCGUUGGAAAAAAUUCAUGGUGGGUGGGACGCUUCAUAUAAUAAAGUGUUGCAGUGGUGUCAGGUGCUAGAGAGAUAUGUCCCAGGUUGCGUAAUAGACGUUGAAACGGAACCUGCGUACUACAACGACCGAUUGCUCCAUGGAUGUCAAGUAUUUAAGUGCCUGUUUUGGAGCUUUAAGCAAUGCCAAGACGCAUUUCUAUAUUGCAAGCCAUUGGUACAAAUUGACGUUACCUUUAUGUACGGUAAAUAUACCCAUCAGCUAUUGCUAGCUGUGACACAGGAUAGCAGUGAAAGAAUCCUUCCAAUUGCGUUUGGAAUAACACUGGGGGAGUCAGCUGAUGACUGA